AUUGAUAUUGAGAUCAAGUUGAUUUUGUGGUCUAAUUAAAUUCAAGGUUUCUUUCGCCAUGCCUGGUGAAGAGAAUUCACCGGAUGAAGAUGGCCCGAAGUAUAAAAUCUCCAGCUUUCUUUUUGGGAACGUUAACAAAGAAGGACAAAUCGAGGAAUAUCAACAUGAUGUUGAAUUGAAAUCUAUCAAUAACUUAGACCGAUGCCACGUGAGAGAAGUGGAAGAAGCUGCUUCAGAUGUGCUUUCUGAGAGUAGUGUUUUGCCUUCAGUAUCACCAGAGGACGGUGGUGUUCAGCCUAUUAACUCAAUAGACUACUAUAACGAAGAAGAAGCGUUGGCAGAAGAAAUCGUGGAGAAGGUCUUAUACGACAUGAAGCCUGAAAAAAAUGAAGAGGAUGAUUAUGAUUUAAUCGACUCAGAACCAGAACACAAUUUAACGUCCAGAAUGGAUUUGGAUUCGAAGCCACUUCAUAAAGAGGGAUAUACUUCGCCAGGAAGUGGGACUAUCGGGUCAGUCCCAGAGGAAUCUUCCCUAAAGGAAAUUAAUUUAAUGGAACCUGACAGCCAGCUUAAAAGAGAGGACACAUCAUCACCACGUGCUGAAUCAAUCUCUCCGAGCAAACCGACAAAUUAUGCUCAAAUCAGUGUCUCCGAAGAUACAACUCUUAUUAUGCCUCCUCCAUUACAUCCGGCACCGCUUUCAAUCUCUCGUUCAAAUCAAAUUAAGGUAUAAGUUUAAAUGUAUUUUAUUUUUUUUGUCAUUUAGUAGCAACCUUUCAAGCCUCUUUUAAUGCGACAAUCCCAAGUACAAAUAAAUAAAUAUAUUUGUAAUAUCCCAAUUAGUGGGAAAAUUAAAUUUUCUGACGUUUCGUGACUCAGUGUAAGCCACUUUUUCUCAUUGGGAUAUCACAAAUAUACUAAUUUAUUUAUAACAAUCUACCCAAUGCUCAAAUUAUCAAGUCAAGACUUGGUAAUGAUACUUACAAAUCCCAAGUAUGAUAAUAGGUGUCAUAGUUCAUGACAAAUCGUAUCGAGAUUCAUAACAUAUGUGUAUCUCUCUAUCUCUAAUGGACUCAUACAGUAUAUUUACUUAAUACGUAGCAUAUGGUUAUGUGAUCAAUGAGACAAAGCGUAUAUAUGAGUUGGUUAGUUACCCAGUACUAGGCAAUGAAUAUCACUGCAGUGCACAUACAUGUUGUCACAGCAACUUGUGUUUAUUCCCUUUGUCCGAAGUGAUGACCAGUAAUUUCAUAUGUUGUUUCGUGACACUUUUAUUCUAUUCUGACUUAUCUUAAUCUUCAGGCUUUUAAACUCACAGGCGAUUUAUAGUCUGGUAAUCGCAAAACGUCUAGUAACUCCCAAAUAAGAUUCAUGAAAUUCAACACAGACGUUUCGACUUUCAUGGUUGAACCUUCGCUUGAUUAACAGUAUAAAACUUUGUGUAACUGAAUCUGUGCUUUAGGCACUAUUCCCGAAAUUCAGUAAUACGUUUUGACUUAAUCCAUAUUUUUUCUUUUCGGACACUAAAAUAGUACACUUCAUCACCACAAGAGAUAUGACUGGUAGCUUAAAUUAUGAGUAUUGUGAAUACCUUUACUGAGUUGUGUUAUUAUUAUGUCGUUUGUACAUUUCUGACAUUCCAAACUACCCUUUUGAAGAACAUAUCAUUCCUGUUUAUCUAUAUUAUACUCAUAUACAAGAUAUGUCUGGGGAUUAGAUUAUCCUAACAAGAUUAUCGAGCCUGUAGUCUCCAUAUCCGACGAGUAUAAUAUUCUUCAUUAUUACGACCUUGUUCAUAGUUGAAAAUUUUGAUUUAGAAGCCAUAGUCCUCGUUUUCCUAUCCCUUUGGUUUAUCCUGCUUCUCAGAAGUAUGUAUGCGAGAAUACACUGUAGUGACCUCUAAAAUCCUUUGAAAAAGUAUGCAAUUGCUACCAUUUCACUUUUCAAUAACUCACAUAUUUGAAUUUAAUAAGACAUAAAUCACCAUCAUUUAAAGCAUUACUGGCAUUUACCUCUCCUGUUAUUUAUUUUGAGCAAUGUUUCUACUGAAAAAAUUGAUCUCGGCAACUAAAGUGUAGAAACAUUCGUUUACAUCUUCAAUCCACCAAUUACUGCCAAGUCUAAUAGUGAGCGAAUUAUAGCUAUGUAGUUUAGUUUACAAUCUUAAAAUAAAUACAUACCUAACAUCAUUGGAUUCAUAUCAACAUCGAUCACAGAACCAUUUUCCAUUGUCUUCAUCAAAUCAUUUAUUUGCCUCUAGUGCGCUCUAACUCACCAUUUCCGUGUAUUUAAAGUGAUAAUUUUUGCAAGAUAUUGUGGUAGACAUUGAGAAAAGUAUUCGUAAUCAGUCAGUCAUAGCAUCGAUUGUGGUAUACAUGGGUAUUGGCUUUAAUCUACACAGUGUGUGUAAGUUAGUUAUACUACCCAACUACUAAAACCUAUGCUUCGGGGUUUGAAGCUGAGAUGUAACAGUUGAUAUCUGCAAGCCCUAAUCAAUAAACUAGAGCUCCAAAAAGUCAUGGAUAUCAACAGGGAUUUCUAUAAUGAUCAGCUUUGAGGAACUUGGCUGAAUUUGGAUUAGGCGAGUAUCUUACUUUGGACUUCCAUACUCCCACUCUAGUUUAGGUAUAUUAGUUUCUAAGAUAAUAAACGGAAUAAUUAAUCUUGUCACUGAUAGGCACCGCGAAUUCUCCACUUCAUUUACAAGGUUAACCUAUUACGAUGCGUCUUCCAUCACUCCCUACCAUAAAAUAAAAUGCUCGCUAAAAUAAAAAUAAUGCGAAAGAAGCUCACAAUUUUGUGAUCAAGUCAAUAGGCUCUCAGCUAUUUAGUUAUGAUCUCAGACCUAUCACUUUUUUAAGAUUUGAACAGUUUAGCAAAAUUAAAAGAUGUUACGCAAUAAGUAUGUCUCACAGUUUCACGAAUAAAACUAUGUGAUUACUGUGUUCUUAAAAAAAUCCCUGUAGAGAACUCACAAGUUGGUUGAGUCAAAUCAAUGACAUUUAAUCAUGAUGUUACUAACUAAAUCUAGUUUAUGGAGAGAAUUUAACUUAGAGUCAGUGGGUCAAUAAAACAAUCUACUGUUAAAAACUGUAUAUCAUGUCUUUAAACCCAUCUUAUUGACUCUUAUCUGGAUUAUAACUGGUACGAUAUGGUCUGUCUGGUUUGUAUAAAAACCCAGUAUGUUUGUGAAUAAUGAUUCAUAUUGCCGAGGCUGUUAUUGAUGUUCUGGACUUAACUGGCUGGGCUAGGCAGAUCGCAGGACCGAGUAGCACUCAAGACUACUCAUACGGCUUUUGUGUAUUAUUGAUCCGAUCGAUAAUUCGCUCUUCUCUUAUUGGUGGGAAUCAGCACGUUCAUAUAUUAACAGGGCAAGCGCGCACUCAUACGAUAUAACAACUGGCGAUACAACAAUACCAUUAUCUUAAAACUACUUGUUAUCCAAUAUUUGUCGUUUGACAAUUUAUUAAUAUUGUCGACUUUCAUGUUGAUUUCUUCUUGUGCUGUUUUUUUCAAUUUAACAACUUGAAAUAAAUUUUAUAUUGUUCCAGCUCACUUGUUAUCCCAAGUGGUUUGUAGUAAGUGUAGUAGUAAUGUCGAAAACAAUGUGGAAAUGUGAAGGAAAUAGAAUUUCAAAGUAUCAUAGAUAUAUUGUAUAUAUCACUGUUUUCCACUAUUUUUUUUAUCCAAACUUGUUGUUUACCAGAUCUGUAGUAUCUAAAAGAAUAAAACUAGUUUAUUGCCUUCUUUUUAGCCCGUUUAUUCACGAAGUGCUGAUUCACCAACCACUAGUCCAGUAAUCAUCAGUUAUAAUUUAGAAUCAGUUAAAAGUCCAGGGUACGCCACUACUGCUUCACAUUAUCAAGACAAUGCUUUAAAUACUCCCCUGGGUAGUCUUAUGCCCACAGAAUACAUGAAUGUAGAUAUAAAAGAACUUUUCCCUUCAUAUGAUCCAGGAAAAACACCCUUAUGGGGACGUUUAUUUAAAUUACCACACCAGCUAGGAGUUUAUCGUGAGUUUAUUGAGCAUUAUGAUUAUAUGGAAGAGAUUCUGUCACAAAGACCAUCACGAGGUGAUCGGUUGCAUCUUGUAUAUGAUGGAUUUUUGGAUCUUGGAGAAAUUCCUUUACCCGAGGAGAUCAACUGUCAUGAUGAAGUAGUCGAGUUGAAUACUCCACCAAUUCCAGGUUUAGAUUAUUUAGCUGGUAGUGAACAUUCAUGGUGGCGUAGAGCCUUUAAAAAUGCGCUUGACGAAUUAAUGAAUCCUAAAAAAGCUGAAACCUAUGAACAAGCUGAUGGUAAUGAUAAAAAAAUGUCGUCUACACAUAAACAACAACUAGAAUGUGACGAAAUUCAUAAACAUGACGAUUUAAAUAAGACACUUAACAAUGACAUAGACACCUAUUUAGGUUGGAGAUUAGGACCGGCAAAAUAUUGGUACGAUCAAUUAGGUCUACCAUUAGAUAUAAAUAUUUCUGAAUGGACAGAAUGGCGUCGACCAUUAACAUCUACCAAUACUACCGCCUGUAGUAUUAAUAAUAAUAACAACGACUCCAAUUCACUCUCUCUCCAUUCCUCAACUAACUCUGAAUAUGAAACCCAUAAUUAUAGUAAUUUAGAUACAAAUAAAUUAGUCAAUGAAACAGUACCAAGUUUUCCAACUAUUAAAAAAGAAAAUAUUGAUAAUGAAUCAUUCAACAGAGGUUGUUCAGAUCAAGUGUGCAGUAAACAAGAUCUUGAUGGUUGUCAACAGCGAUUGUCAACUGAAUCGUUAAUUCAUUCAUCUCCAACUCUAUGUAAGAAUAAUUCACGUCAUCCAUGUCUUGAAGGAAUGAAUACACCAAAUCAUUUCUAUUUAUAUCAAAUAUUAAAUUGGGAAGAUGAUAUAAUAUAUGAUCCUCAAUUAAGUGCAAAUAAAAUAUCUACUAAUUCACGUUUAAAUGCUGCCUAUGCCGGUUGGAUACCAUCACAACAUUGUCGUACUAUGGCUUCAUUUCAGGAUGCAUAUCAAGGGAAAUUUCCAUUUAUAUUAAGUUCAAAAAUUAUCAAUGGUUUAACCACUUCCUCUUCAUCAACAACGGGAAUGAUAAUGGAAAGUUUAUUAAAUUAUUCCUCUAACAAUACUACAUCAUUAUCACCAUCCUAUCCAAACCAUCAUCAUCAUCCACCUUAUUCAAUAUUUCCAAUUGAAAAUGAAAGUAUAUUAAACAAUUCAUGGGUACAUGAUAUAAUUUAUGAUUCAGAUUUACCGAUUAAUGAACAACCUCCGCCAUUUUUACUUACAUUAGAUCAAAAUGAUGAAACAUGCAUUUUAGAACCGAUCGAUGAUUCAACUAUUGCUUCAGUAUUAUCAUCAAUACGUAAUCAACGGCAGAAACGUUUAAUGCAUCGAGGCUAUGACACAACAGAAUCUGACAUAACAACAGUAGCAACAAUGGGCACUGCAACGUCGAUGAUAACGACAACGACGACAUCAACAAUAACAUCGACAACAAUAGGUGAUUAUCCGAAUUCUUUGUCAACAAUUGGCAGUAAUACUACUGGUCCUAAUCAACGUGGUAAUCUUAGUAGUAGUAACCUUUCAAAUAUUCAUGAUAAUAAUUGGUCUAAUGCCAAUGGGUUAAAUGAUACUGACAAUGCUUUAUCUCAACAUAAAUCUAAUACGAAUUCAAUGAAUCGUACUAGUCUUCAAGUGAAUUUUGGAUUAGCAUCAACACGUGGUAUGUUCACUGGGGCACUAGCUAAAGCUGAGAAAGGUGCUGAGAAAGUUAAAAUGAUUUUGGGUAAACAUGGUCUGUUAGCUGAAGAUGAUUGGCAAUCAAGUCAAACAGAAAAAUCUACGAAUAAUACAGAUGAUAAAAAUGAUCAACUUCAAGAUAUCAAUGAAUAUAACUCAGAUGGUAAUACUUUAGCAUCGGCUGCAGCAGCAGUUUCUGGUAUUCCACCAAAAGAUCCAUUGAAUUUAUCAAAUGAUGAAUAUUAUGCUAUUCGAAGCGGUGCUCUUGCUCUAGGUGGUUUAGCACGUUGUGGUCCAUUACAACAUAGUACUCCAGCGGUUGAAUUAUGGCCACCAUUUUUCCCUACAUACAUGAGUCCAUUACGUUUACGUCAAUUUCAUAGAGUUCCACUUAAAAGAUAUCUUCGUGGUCUUAUGUCACAGUAUAAUAUACCAUUUCCUGUCACUAAUCUUACCCGUCAUGUUCAUCGUAAAAUGCGUGAACGAGAGGAUGAAAGAGCAGCUACCGGUGGUGGUGAAAUAUUUUUCAUGAGAACACCUAGUGAUUUAUCUGGAGCUGAUGGAGAGAUUGUUUUAUUUGAAUUUUCUGAAGAAUAUCCACCUUUAUUAGCUCAGGUUGGUAUGGCUACAAGAAUCAUAAAUUAUUAUCGUCCAUUGGUACCAAGGGACAGAUCACUUUCACCAUCUCCACAUGCUUAUAGUGAACCACCGGAAUUGCCUUAUGGCUCUCUUGUGUAUGUAGGAGGUUCAGACAGUCCAUUUCUUGGUGUAAUUCGACCUGGCGGUUGUUUACAGACUGUUGAAAAUAGUAUGUAUCGUGCACCAAUUUAUCCACAUACUGUUGCCAGUACAGAUUUCUUAAUGAUUCGUAAUCGUAAUGGAAUUAGUAUACGCCGUGUACCAAAUGCAUUUACUGUAGGACAAGAAGUUCCACUUAUGGAGGUACCUGGACCAAAUUCAAAACGUGCAAAUAAUUUUGUACGUGAUUUUCUACAAGUAUUUAUUCUGCGCUUAUUUCUACGUAGUACCGAUGAACCGAAACGAAUUAAAAUGGAAGAGAUUCGCAAAGCUUUUCCUAAUCAUUCAGAAAGCAGUGUCAGAAAACGAUUGAAAGUUUGUGCCGAUUUCAAACGUACUGGUUCAGAUGCAAGUUGGUGGGUUCUACGCUCUGAUUAUCGAUUACCAUCAGAAGAAGAAGUUCGUUAUCUAGUCUCACCUGAAGAUUGUUGUGCACAUUACAGUAUGUUGGCUGCCGAAUUACGUCUUAAAGAUGCUGGUUACGGUGAGAAGUAUUUAUUUGUUUUGGAUGAAAAUCAAGUUGAAGAAGAAGAAGAUAAAGAAGGACAGCCUAAAAUGGAGGAUGAAGUUAGAGCAGCACCAUGGAAUACAACACGUGCUUAUCUUGCUUCACAACGUGGUGGUUGUUUUCUUGAAUUACAUGGUGCCGCUGAUCCUACUGGUUGUGGUGAGGCGUUUUCUUAUUCGAAAACCUCUGCAAAACCUGGUGCAUUAUUUCGGCAGGCCGGUGGAGAAGUUGCAAGAGGUCUAUUAAAAGGGAAACGUACUGUAACGGGAACUGAUGCUGACCUUCGUAAACUACAUUUACGCGAUGCACGUGCUUUAUUAAGAUCAUUUGGGAUUAGUGAAGCUGAUUUAAAAACUUUCAAACGUUGGGAAAUUAUUGACAUGGUCCGUUUCACAUCAACAGAACGAGCUAAACAAGGUGAAGAAGAAGGGUCCGCUAAAUUUGCCCGUGGUAAUCGUCUAUCAAUCAGUGAACAAAUUCGAUGUUAUAAAGAAGAAUGUCAACGUAUAUUUGAUUUACAAAAUCGUGUCCUGUCGAAUUCUGAACUUUUAAGUUCCGAUGAAGAAGUUAGCAGUGAAGAUGAUGAAGAUGAAGUCACUGGGACUGAUAGUGUUGGUCAGAGAUCCACGUUACUAGGUUCACAUGGUUCUAGUGCAACAAGUAAUUCAAUUGGAGGUGUACGCCUUUCGAGUUUAUCAUCAACUGCUCGUUCUUAUGCACAUAUGGGUCGUAGUAUUGAAUCUGUAUCAAGUCAAAUGAAUUCUAAAUAUUCCGAUGGUAAAACUGAUGAAAAAGAUCGUGUCAAUCUUAAAAGAGCUUUAGAAUUUGGAGAUCAAUCAUCUGGAUUGAAACGACCGCGUAAAACAAAUCAACUUCUGUUAAAAGAGAAUAGUUUAUUAGAUAACGGAGGAGAAUCCAAUGAAACUGGUUCCGUUGUCGGUAGUAAUAGUACCAGUAUGGUGUAUGAUGCCAGUUCUACUGCAGCUGGUACAAUUUUAGACUUGACACCUCCAUGGCCUAAUGCUAAUAAAAAAAUGUUACGUAUUAUGCGUACUUAUUCAGAAGAUGGACAUCAAUAUACUCGAACAGAACUUGUUCCAUGGUCACCUGUUGUAGAAAUUUACUUGAAAAUACGUCAAACUCGUGAUGAUGAUUUCAUUCAUAACUUUGUCGAUUCAGAUAAUCAUUUCCGUGAACAACAAAGAAAAGAAAAGAGAAGAUUACAAGAUCAGCUACGUCGCCUUCGUAAACAACAACAAGUAAUGCGAGAACGUGGCAGCGUCACUGGUAGUUCUAUGCCAGGUAUGAAAUCCUUAGGAUUAUCAAACAAGGUAAACCGUCAUAGACGUCAUAAAACACUUACGGAAGCAUUAAUUAAAAUGCGUUGCGGUGCUUGUGGUCAAACAGGUCAUAUGCGUACCAAUAAAGAAUGUCCAAUGUAUGGACGUUCUAGUACAUCUUCAUCUCUUCAUAACGUAGGAGGAAUUCGAAGAACAGCUGCAGAACGUGCUCAACUUCGUACACAAACAACUAUUCGUAAUAUGUCUCGUUCUGGUGAUUUAAAUUCUAUGGAAUCUAGAUCAGAUGAUAGAGAAAUUGGUUUCUUAGAAAAUUAUGGUAAUGGUCGAAAAAUUGAACCAGAUACUAUUGCUGCAGCUCAAGCAUUAGCUUCUCGUCCAGUUUGUGAAUUAUUAGCAGAACAAGAAAACGAAGAGAAAGCAAACUAUACUAAUGAUUUAGACAAUUCUGAUGUUAAACAUUUAAUUAAAGAUUCAGAUGAUUUUGAUGAAUCAUCUAUGCAUGGAGUUUUAGGAGAGAAUGAUAUGACGGUUGAAGGAACAAAAUUAAAACUUCACUCCGGUUUGACUAAAUACAUUAAAGAACAAAAUCGUCGUAAUCUAAAAUUAAAAAUACGCCGCCAAUUACUCGAUCGUUUAGAUGCGGCAGCUGCUGUUGUUCAGUCUGUAAAUUCAAAUAGACGUGGACUAAUGAGUACUACAGGUCGCGGUGGUGGUGGAAGAAAUCGUCGAACUAGUUUAAGUAUGAAUGAUGAUGAUUUUCCAACAAGCGUUAAACACCGUGGCAAUAGACGCCGUAUUGAUCCUCGUGUUGCGUUAAAUCAUAUUUUCGAAGGAAUAUACAAGGGUCUUACUCAAAUUCCUGGUUAUAAAAUAUUUAUGCAUCCUGUUAAGGAGAAAGAUUUCCCGAAUUAUUAUUCUCAAAUUGAAACUCCAAUGGAUUUAUCACAAAUACGUAUGAAAAUUAAUGAAAACACUUAUGCCACACGUGAAGAAUUUUUGUCAGAUAUUCGACUCAUUUAUAAUAAUUCCUCGAAAUUCAAUGGUCGCUAUAGUGCAUACACUGAAACAGCCAUGAAAAUGUGUUCACAUGUUAUGGAACAAUUUUGUCAUAAAGAAUUAAAAUUAAUGAGAUUAGAAUCAUUGGUUAAUCCUUUGUUGGAUGAAGAUGAUCUAGUCGGAUUAAGCUAUUUAUUGCAACAAGCUAUUGAGGCUAUGCGUGGAGUUGAGCAUAGUAGACCAUUUCAUAUACCAGUUGACAAACGAAGAUAUCCGGAUUAUUAUAAAAUUAUCAGUAAUCCAAUGGAUCUAUCUACCCUUGAAAAAUUAGUAAAAGAGAAUCGAUUUCGAUCACGUGAUGAAUUCUUUGUACAAAUUGAAUUAAUUCUAUCCAAUUGUAUUACAUUCAAUGGAAAUGAAAGUCCAUUAACUGAAAUUGCACAAAAAAUGUUACAAGCUGCUCGUACACGAUUAGAACAAGAUAAAGAAACAUUAGAUACAAUUGAGGCGAAUAUACGAAAUAGUCAAUUAGAAAAUGAAUCAUAUAUUGAAUCAAUUCCAUCUGAAAAUGAUCCUAUAAAUUCUCGUUCAAAUAUGUUAGAAAAUCAAACAAAUCAAAAAAGUACACAUAUAAAACCUUUAUCAACUACUAGUCGAAUGAAUCAAGUUUCUAAAUUAUUAAAACGUAAAUCUAUUAAAUCAACAUUAUGUAAAAAUAAAGAAUUAAAAACAACAAAACGAAAGAAAACUCAAAGAUUAAACACAACUAUUGAUAAAGAAUCAUUACAUGAUGAUGGUAAUUAUAAUAGUUCUGAUGGUCAAACUGAUAGAUCAUUAAAUAAAUCACUUGAUAUUAUCAAUACUUCAGGUAGUGAUAGGUUGUUACGUCAACGUUCAAGUGGAGCUUGGUAUGGUGUUGACUUGGAAUAUGAUGAUGAUGAUGACGAUGAUGAUGAUGAUCACGACGACAAUGAACAACAUAAUGGGGAUAACAUUAAUCAUCCUGAUGAGGAUGAAAGUGAUAAUGAUAUUCUUAACAAAACCUCGGUUAAACAAGAUAUUAAUGUUUCAAAACGAUGGACAAUAAAUGAAGAGAGUAGUGAUUUAUACACUUCAAAAUCUGUUACAUCACUUCGUAAUGAAUAUACUUUAUCAAAAGAGCCAGAUUUUGAUCAUACCGAAGAUUCAAAUUACAUGGAACGUAGUAUUACUGUUCAUGAUGAGAAUUCAUUUGAUUGGAAUUGUCAAGAGGCAACGACUAGUCGAAGCCACGCUGCAAAUAAUCAAUUAAGACAAAUUGUAUCCAAUCUAAGCGAACGUAGUUCUGAAUCGAGUGAACACACAGUUGGAGAUGAUAAUCUACAGCAAUACAAUGAUGAUAACAAUCAAAAUGUUGAUAAUUAUGCUGAUUAUGAUGUGGAUAAUUCGUUAAAUUCUUGUCAAGAAUUGCAUUCCAAUGGAAAUUCACGACAAACAAAUGAUUGGAAUCAAUAUACAAGUUUAACAAAUGUUGACGAUGAUGUCGAAGAUGGGGAAAAUGAUGAUAAUGACUAUGCUGAUGAUGGUGUUAUUGAAUUUCGUUCUCAACAAGAUAAAUUUCCUACUUAUAUUGAUGAAGAAACUCGAUUAUCUGCCGGUAUUUCAGAAAUCCCAGUAUCUACCACAGCUAAUACAAGUCAUUUAGAUUAUUCCCAAUUAGAUUUAAAUGAUGAUUUAGUUGCAAAAGAUUUACAAUUAACCGAUUCAGAUGAUGACGAUGAUCAUGAUGACAGUAGUUUAACUGGUCAAGGCGGUGAAUUAUGUACUGAUGAGAAUGAUGCAACUAUUGUGUCUUAUAAUGUCGACCAAGACGAUGACGAUGACCAACUGCAUCGAAACAAUAUACUCCAAUAUACAAAAUAUCAUCAAAACGAAUCAGAAAUGAUGUCUCAUAAUGAUAAUUCAUUUACAACAUAUAAUGUACAGCAUAGACAACAUUUUGAUCAUGAUGAUGAUGAUAAUAAUAAUGAUUAUCGACCUACUUUUUUCAUCAGUGACGAUGACGAUGAUGAUAAUUAAAAUGCUUGAUAAAUGCAUUAAUUCUUUUCAGAAAAAAACAAGAAAAAAAACUCAAUACAUUGUAACUUAUUGCCUAAUCUGUUACAUUUCCUUCCAACAUAUUAUUAUUACUACUAAUAUUAGUCUUAGUAGUAGUAUUUUUAGUACUGUUCACCACUAUAAAUCUUGUUUGUUCACAUACUCAUAUACACCUAUCUCUUCUUGAUAUUUUAACUGUACAGUAUUAGAUUUUAUAUAUUACCAUUGUAAAUAUUUUGUUGUACAUUUCCUUUUUCUUUGGAUAAAAAAAUGAAAAAAAAUAUCAAUUUUGUAUCAACCGAAUUCAUGCUUGAUUAGAUUGAAAUCUCAAAAUGGGGAGUAAUUGUUGUCCAACUGUUGAGUCACAAGUUCGAACCUGGUUUCAAUUUAAUAAUCUGAAAAUUGACCACUUGUGAUGAGGCCAAAAAACCCUGCAUUCAAUCGCUUGUAGGGUCAUGGAAACUCAUUCCUUAAGAAUCUCAAGCUAUAAAAAUAACAACUGUUUAGUGCCUUAUGGACUUCAGCUAGCAUUCAUCUGCAGCAAAUAACCCAAUUUUAACAUUAAACUAAUCACUGUAAAUCAGUAAGCUAAACAAAAACACCAGGGUUAAAAUAACAGAAAAAAUUGAAGUAAACAUUAGAAUAUUUUUAAAUAUAUAUCGUAAGCGAACAUGAUCUAUACCAAACAUUUGGAUAAUAUGUGACCUAGACGUGUAUAAAUAUCAGUUUAUUUUAUUUUCUAAAAAUAAAACAAAAUUGUUAAUAAUAUUUUUAGUAUUACUAUAAUAAUUGUUAUCAACAAUGAUGUCAUAAAGUCAAACAUAAAUAUGUACUUUGUAGGCUUUUAGUUAUAGACGAUUUCCACUAAUUCUUUAUAAUAACAUUGGAAUAUCAUGUAAGUAAAAGAUUGUGUAGAUUGUUGAAUUUCAUUGAAAUCGCGAACCGACCUAAACUAGACAACCAUUGAAAACUUGCAAGCACGGGACGACAGUUUCGUUCCUUUUUUAAGACUUCACACCAGUGCACACCUAUAACUCUGAAUCUGGGAGUCGAACCCAGGACUUCCGGUCUCGCAUACGGACACAACCUCUAAGUAACUGAGACGCUAACUAGUGGUGUAAAUGUCUAACCUCAAUCAAUACUUCAGUUGGCAACUUUCUCACACCAUACACGGUUUAGCUCUACUGGUCCUGGCUUCUCAUUAGAACGCCGGAAAUUUCCUCUCGAAGGUAGUCUUAACUGUGCAGAUGAUUCGUGAUUUCAAUGGAAUCUAACUACCUUCACAACUCUAUACUAAUACAGAAUUUUGUUACGAUUUCAAGUAAUUACUAGUAAACAACUGACUUUUUGAUAUUGUCGUCUGCUUUUUACUUGAAUGGUAAGUUUCUUGGGAAAUACUCUAAUGAACAACGAGUAGAACUGUUUCAAUUAUUUUGGUUAAGAUGAAAAAAAUCUUGGACCCUAAUGACUAACACAUAGAAAUCCAAUAUACCCUUAGAUUUAUUAAGAAAACUUGACAACGUUGGACUUUUUCCCUUUGUAAACCAGAUCUCUUUGAUUAUCUCAGUUUCUUCGUGUAUAUUCAAAAGCCUUUAUAACAUAUAAUGACAACUAAUACAUCUACUAUUACUAAAGUCUUACUCGAUCUAUUACUAUUUUGUGAAUUGAUUUUGAAAUUAUUACAUUUGAUGUAUUUAUAUUAGUUAAUUUGUCAUGGAUAAUAAGGUACCAGGUACAAUUGUUUAUCAUCCCGAUUCGUAACACUUUACAUUACCCCAAAAAAAGAAAAUCGACAGCCUGAGUACCAUAUAUAGGGAAAUAAUAUCAAUUGCAGUGGAAAACUAAAUGUGAGGAUUAGACAUUGAGGGACUGGUGGUACCGAAGAAUCAAAUGCAUGCAAAGAAAUUAAACUUCAAAUUGAAAAGAAUAUAGAGAAUUAGUGGGAUUUUAGUUCAUGUCACCCAUUGCUUUCAAUCAUACAUCUUAUGGAUCCUAAAUACAACAAAACUAAGCUUAACAGUUAAUGACUUAGUGAACUGAUACCAUAUUCUUAGAUUUCCUCCAACCUAUUUCAUGCCUUUCAUUAGUACUUGUAGGCCCAUGAAAUGAUUAGGUAUAUGCAACACAUGUUGCAACCUCGUUAGUCGAUGACAUUCUGGUCAUCAUCAACCAACUUAUCAUUUCUACCCACAAUCAUAUAUCUAACCCUAACACAAUUACUUUGAAAUUUACAUUACAAGUGAAUAACUUUUUUGAAAACAUUGAUAAUUGAAUACCUGCAACCCAUAUAAAUCUUCUAUCCUAAUUGACUAUUUCAAUCUCCUACUUCAGUCUACCUUAUUGCUCAUGAAUGAGUUAUUCAUCUUCAAAGUAUACUCAUUUGUUUCAUUUGUGUCACGAGAAUGUUUGCUUCGUUUGUUUGUUUUGAUCACACUAACUUUUUUGUCAUUAAGAAGAAACCAGUUUAAGUAUAUUCACAUAGUGAAUAAAUACUUUUCUUAUUUUGUCAUAACAAUAUGAUGAGUCUUGUGUACUUUUUUUGUUAGUUACUUCUGUUUUUCUUUUUAAACUUUGCAAAUUUUUUUUCGGAAAAAUGUAUUUUUACUUUAUUAAUCCUUUGUCUUCUCUAAAAGAAAAACACAAUUAUUCUAACACCUUUCUUGUUAUAGUAGAAUGUUUUUUUGAUUUUAUUCUCUCUAGUUGCUAUCUCUCAUCAAAUUUGAUUGAUGUUCCAACAUCUAUACACACGCAAAGAGACAGAGAGAGGAAUAGGAAAAGAAAUGAACACAUUAUUGUUAUUAUUAUUAUUAUUAUUAUU